AUGGUUCGAUCGUGCCAGCUUCCGCCGCACGAUGCGACAACGUUCGCCGUGUCGGCAAUUGUAUGUGUUGGUGUAGUGAUCUCGUACUUGCCACAGUUGAUCCGCAUUAUUCGUGCGAAGUCCUCUGUAGGCUUAUCGCCUUUUUUCCUCUUUCUAGGCACAACGUCGAGUUGGAGCGCGAUGCUCAACGUUAUUGUGCUGCAAUGGCGUUUGAUUUCGUGCAGUUUGGAAGAGGUUGGAUGGAUUUCCGUUGAGCAUAUUAUGGGUGCGCUGCAAGCUACACUGCAGCAAGUGAUGUUCACGCUCGUUUUUGUGUUUUUCCUGAGUUACUACCCUGUGGAUCCUGCCGAAUAUCGCCGCGUGAAGCGACGCAACCAGCGUCGUCAGCAGCGCCAGGCUGGUGAGAACAAUGGACAUUUGCAGGUCCCUGGAAGUGGGAACGAGUCCUCAGGAUCCGACAGCGACUUGGAAUCGAUUCAGUCUCAUGUCCACCAAAGUUAUGGUGCGACGCCACAUGCCUCUAGCAGUCGUGAAUCCGAAUCUCUUAUGGCGCAUGCCCGAAGGCAGAAAGGGUACAGUAAUAUUCCGAAAGCAAUGCGAGGGAUUUUGGAGCGUCACCACUUGCCUCUUGCCGAGGAAAUUCACGGCAAAGUAGGCUCCGUGCAGGAGUACGACCUAGCGACGACUUUGGCGAAGAUUGCGUUUGUCUAUAUACUUGUGAUUGUCACUGUGAGUGUGACACUGGUUUCUACGCACUCGCGUCGUCACAACCUGGAACACUGGGCGAGUGUGCUUGGCUUUGCCGGUGGUUUGCUUGCCAUGCUGCAAUACCUGCCGCAGAUUGUGCAUACUGCACGUGCGCGACUGGUGCGCAGCGUGAGUAUUCUCACGAUGUUGGUGCAGGUGCCUGGCUCCGUGAUUUUUAUUUAUGCACUGUCGGGCCGCGAUGGCAUCAACUGGACGUCGCUGCUUCCCUAUGUGGUCGCAGCGGUGCUGCAAGGCACACUGCUUAUUCUUUGUCUGGUAUGGAAGUGGCGUCAGCACCGUGAGGGCAUUGACGACUAUGGCCGACCUAUCAACUCCGCGGCAUUGUAA